CCGCGCCAGCGCCGCCUGGAACAGCUCGAGCACUUCGGCGUGCGCCAGCUCCUCCUCCGCCUCCGCCAUCCCCGGCCGGAAGAGGCGGAUCCGACGAUGCUGCUUUUCUGCCCGGCGUGCGGCAACGUGCUGGUGGCCGAGGAAGGGCCGCGCUGCCACCGCUUCGCCUGCACCACCUGUCCGUACGUGCGGAACGUCACGAGGAAGGUGAGCAGCAGGAAAUACCCGCGGCUGAAGGAGGUGGACGACGUGCUGGGCGGGGCGGCGGCGUGGGAGAACGUGGAUUCCACCGCAGAGCCGUGCCCCAAGUGCGAGCAUCCCCGCGCGUACUUCAUGCAGAUCCAGACGCGCUCGGCCGACGAACCCAUGACCACGUUCUAUAAGUGCUGCAACGCGCAGUGCGGGCACCGCUGGCGCGACUGAACCCCCCCCCCCCCCCCCCCCCCCCCACCUCCCUGACCCCCCCACGGAUCGCUGUGCCUUCCCGGCUGUCAAUAAACGCAGCGCUGGAGCUGAGGCUGCACUGUGAGGUGCGGUGGUUCUGUG